GGCACCGCACCGCCCCUCACCGGGAAUGCGACUCCUUCAGGUUCAGGAUCCUCCGUUGCCCAACCCGGUGCGGAAGUUUCAAGCACCAUACCUAUGGCGGGCAGGUAGUAUGUUUCUACCAUGAUGGCAUGAACGGAGACUCGGGAGUCACCACCGCCGCACCGCCCGACGGCAGAGCAGUGGCUACUAUCUGAUCUCACCUUAUUGGCGAUCAAGUGGAGCAUGUUCAUGAUGUGGUUCUUGCAGAUUUUGUGUUGCACUCCAAGGUUCAAUUUGCUGAUUCUUCAGCCCUACCUAGGGACUGCCUUAGUUGGUUGUUCUAGUGCCAAAACUCUAGGUGCACCACUCCAACCUUUGGAGUCGGGGAGGGGGAGGGAGUUCCCUCCCCCAAACCCACCUGUUCCAGCAAAGAUCAGCAUCUCCGAGCACUGCAAAAAACCAUCAGACCCAGAAUCGAAUGGCAGAUCCUACCUAUUGCUCUAUGGAGCUGUCGAUGAGCGAGCGCUGAUCCAACAGCUGUGCGUGAUGAAUCGACGACGAAGGAAUGGCCAUUGGAUAUAGACGAAGUGGAACGGCUUGCACGGCAUGGAGGAUGAUUGCGCUGCCAGUCCAGCUGCUAUUUGCAGUCAGAGUCAGUGAGUGCUACCCCGCGUCCGCCGGUCCAGAACUCUGCGGGCGGGACGAAGGUGGCUUGUACCUACUUACUUG